AUGGAAGCCGUCAAGCGAGGAACCUGCGCUGUCGGAGUAAAAGGCAAGGACGUGGUCGUUCUCGGCUGCGAGAAGCGCUCCGCACUGAAGCUCCAAGAUACCCGCAUCACACCGUCCAAGAUCGCCAUGGUGGACAACCACGUCGUCCUGGCUUUCGCCGGUCUGAACGCCGACGCCCGCAUUCUUAUCGACAAAGCCCGUCUAGAAGCUCAGUCCCACCGUCUGACCGUUGAGGACCCCGUCACUAUCGAAUACAUUACGAAGUACAUUGCUAGUGUGCAGCAGCGGUACACGCAGAGUGGUGGUGUUAGACCCUUUGGUAUCAGUACCCUGGUCGUCGGAUUCGACCCCAAUGAUAAGACGCCCCGGUUAUAUCAGACUGAGCCUUCGGGGAUUUAUUCCGCUUGGAAAGCAAAUGCUAUCGGACGCUCCAGCAAGACUGUGCGCGAGUUCCUCGAACGCAACCACCAGGAUGAGAUGGAUCGCGAACAGACUAUCCAGCUCACUAUCAAGUCGCUGUUGGAGGUUGUGCAGACCGGUGCGAAGAACAUCGAGGUGGCUAUCAUGUCGCCUGGGCAGUCGAUUGAGAUGCUCCCGGAUGACCAGAUCGAGGCGUACGUUAAGAGCAUAGAGACGGAGAAGCAGGAGGAGGCGGCUAAGAAGAAGACGGGUCGCGGUGGCACCACGACGGCUGCUAUCCUAACACGGCCUGGUGGCGGCGAGGGCAGCGAGAGCCGGGAGUAA